ACAUCCCAAACGUUUUCCUCCACUUUCCAAUACCCGUUAUCCCCUCCACCACAACCACAUCGUUCCCUCGCCAUGAUCCCCUCCACCAUAACCAUUACCCUCAAAUUUUGUAGCCCAUAUGUGUGUGGGACCCCCACCCCUUUUUCUUCUUAUUCAAUACGUUUCUUCAUUUUUCCGGCAGAGGGGACUACAAGAGUCUCCUGAGACACUUUUGGCUUACCACCAUAAAUCAUGCUUGAUACUUCAUUCUUACGUUAGUCACACAUGUACUCCUCCCGAGCUUACCACCAUAUUUCACUAUUAACAUUCCUUCUAAUUACCUUCCUUCCAGCCAGAGCAUGCUUUCCAAGAAGUCAGCCUCUAUUCCCAAGCCUCAGAAUCAGAAGCUCAAAAGGAACAAUAAAGUUUGAUCUUGAAUGGAUCCUAAGUUUCGUCCAGAGUAGUGCUCUUGUCAAACAAGAGACUCCAGCUGUAUCUGCUCCUAAAUCCCGAGCACUUCCCCUGCGUUUAAACAAGAAGCGCAAAGAUCCAGAAGUCAUGGACUUAGAGGCCUUCGAGAACAUGGGUCCAGUGGAAAUCACCAAAAAGAUCCAAACUAUACAGAGUUUGGCCCUCUCCAGGAUCCUACUUUGUCAUGAUGAAAGAUUGCAUGUCAAGAAUUGACAAACCGGACCCCUUCAACAAUGGAAUUCAUCUUGCUUUCAAAAGAAAUAAAGAUUGUUUCAUGUGAGGUUACCUUACAUGUUGAUUUUUUUUUUGAGAAGGAACUCUAUGCUAAUAAACUUUGAUCAAAUGUUAGUGCUUGUUUGGAUGGAUCUAGCUGAGAAAUGUGAGUUUCAUACUUUCAUUGAUUUCAUAUUUGUGUUGUAAUUACUCGAAUAACAAUCUAUCAUACAAGAUUAUCACUAA